AUGAUUCUCGAAGCGUCAAAUCGACAAUUGGUAAACAUUCUAGCCAAUAUCGAUUCAGUGUUGGUGAACAUGAAAAAUUAUAACAAAAAAUCUCGUCAAAAGUACUUGGUUGAGAAAUCAAACGUAGAAACAUAUGAAAAAACUUUUAAUGAAGGUCUUGCGAUGAUCAAACAAAAAAAAAAUACAAUUAAUCAACUAUCAAAAAUUAUUCCUGAUUAUUCACCAAGGGACGAAGAAAAACAAAAAUCAAGUGCUGAACAGACUGAGUCUAAAAAAACUUCAGUCACUAUAUCAGAACCUCUACCAGCUGCCGUUUGGAGAAAUCAGGAAUCAUAA